AUACAGAAAUUCAAUCAGUUGUUAAUAUAAAGCCAAGUGCGAAGCAUCGACUUCAACAAGUUAAUCAAAAGUAAAAAAAAGAAAAUUUUAAAAGAAGUUAUAAUUAAUAAAAUGAACGCAAAAAUAAGCUUAAUUACGGUUCUGGUGUUGUUAACAUCUGUUGUGAUGAUUAGUUGUCAUCCAAUAGAUAUUUUAUACCAACUGACAGAUAGCAGCGAGAGACAAUUAAUGAAAAGAUUAGCAGAGUAUUUAACGAAUGAUUACAGUGAUGAAAGUUCUUCGUCUUCUUAUUCGAAUGCUGUGCACACUCGUGGAGUGACAGCUAAUCAGGAGAAAUGCAGAUUACCAAUGAAACGUGGUCUUUGUCGGGCUCUUCUGCCAAGAUGGAGAUACGAUCCAAUCACGAGAACAUGUUCGGAAUUUAAAUUUGGCGGAUGUGAUGGCAACGCAAAUAAUUUCAAAUCAAGAAGUGAAUGCAUGGAACAGUGCGCUGGAGUGUGACCAACAGAUAUUGAUAAAAACUUUUAAGUUGAAUCUCUCGUGAUAUUUCCUGACUGCUAUAAUUAGAUUAUUUAAUAAGAUUUUGUUAUAAGGAUAAAAAGAAUAGAAUAAAAAAUAAUUUCUUCCUUA